CAUCAUCAUCACCAUCAUCAUCACCAGCAUCAGUAGUCAUGUCCUCUUAUUCUCUCCUGAUGGUUCUGCUGGUUCUCACCUGCCUUCAGUCCUUCACAAUGACCCAGAGUGCAAAGGAACCAGAAGUAUGCUGUUUUAAUUUCCAGGAGAAGAAAAUCCCUCUACAUCGUAUUACUAAGUACAGAGACACCCGGCAUGGUUGUACAGAAGCUGGAGUCAUUUUUAUCAUGAAGAACGGGCGUCGCCUGUGUGCAAAUCCCAGAGUUCAGUGGGUGAAGGAACACAUGGAUAAAAUUGACCAGCGUGUUCAUAAAACCUCAAACUAACUUCUGCCUGGAGUGGUUACAUUUACCCUUCUUUAAUACAAAAUUAGAUGUUUUCUGUUUGCCAUAUUUGAAUAGGAUGAAUAAAGCAUUUAAUUUUGUUUAUCUAAGGCCUGUGAGCACAAAAUAAUUAUAUUUAUAUUUAUAUAUUAAAGGACAUUGUAUUA